ACAUGACGCUCUUCCAAAAAAUGGCAGAAGAUUGUACAAAGGAGAUAUUUGUUCUUUCCUGUGAAGAGAAUGAUUAUCAUUUUCAAAGUUUGAACGCUUUUACCAAGUUUGAUAAUGAACUAUUAUCAAGAUGGGAUCAUGCCAUGUUGUUGGGAUGUUUCAAGUACAACCUGGAGUCAGUUGAAAGGCGAAUUAUUUCUGGAAAAUAUAACUUUGUUGCUCAGUUUAAUAAGAAAAGAUUUACUCAGAGACGUCCUCCUCAAAAUAUAUCCAGUCUAAACCAACCAUACAAUGCUGACCAGUUUAACUUUACCAAAAUACCAGAAAAAGAGAUCUUGUUUACGUUAUCAUCCAAUAAAAACGAAGAUAGUCGAGAAAGAAAUAUUGUUGUUAUAAACAUCAGUCCUUUGGAAUAUGGCAACGUCCUACUUGUCCCCAAUGUUGAUGGCCAGUUACCUCAGAAGGUGCUAACGGAGAAAGCGAUUCAUUUAGCAAUGGAAACAGUCUUCCUUAGUGGAAAAAGGGACUUCCGUUUGGGAUUCAACAGUCUUUGUGGCUUUGCAUCAGUCAACCAUCAACAUUUCCAUGGAUUUUAUACGCAUCACACUUUACCUGUUGAAACUGUGAGCGUAUCUUCAUUGUGCGAUGGUGUUUAUGAAACUGUGGAUUUUCCCAUCACUACAUUUGCAUUUGAAGUCUACGAUCAUCAAAGUAUGACAGCUGCAGCAAGUCGAAUUAACAAAGUGACUUCCUACCUGUACGAAAAUGAGAUAGCACACAAUGUUUUCUUAACGCGUGGCCUUCCAUUGUCCUUAAAAAAAAUGGAUGGUAACAAGAAAGAAGUGUUAAGGAUCUUUGUCUGGGCUCGAAAAAAUUCAACUGGUAUAAAAAAUGAGAACAUGUUCAACAUGGCGGUUUGUGAACUUGCAGGAUUUCUACCAAUCAAAGAGCGUUCUUGGUAUGAUAACAUGACAGAAGAAGAUGUUUGUGAAAAAUUCAAAACUGCUGCAUUAGAAUCAAGGCAUUACGACCAAAUAAGAAAAGACAUAAUUUUAUUACUUCAACCAUAAAUUUUUUUUGCUCAGAGGUUGUUGAUCAUAGAGGGGUCUGUGGCUGGAAAGGUCAGUCAUUCACAAUCUUAUCAAUACAUUACAUCUCUGUUCGUGCUACUUCUCUGUUAGUGAGCUCAAUACACUGGCGUCAGCAGAAAUGAA